AUGCUCAACAUUGAUCAACACAGGGAUAAACAUGGUGCCAACUACUUUAGCGAGCUGUGUAAACGAGGCAAGAAUGAACACACAGAACAGAUCCUAUUAGAUGUACCCAGGACAUUCCCAAACAACAAGAGAUACUUUACCAAGAGAGGCAAACAAGACUUAUUGGAUGUACUUCAAUCAUACUCGUACCAUAAUGCAAAUGUUGGAUACUGCCAAGGAAUGUCGUAUAUUGUUGGAGUGUUCUUGAUGUACUUGACAAAGGAGGAGGCAUUCUGGAUGCUUGUCGCAUUGCUCGAGCGAGACAAUGCCAUGGGAUUCUACAUCUCUGGCAUGCCCAAGCUACUACACGAUGCCAAGCUGUUCCUCCACGUACUUGAGAUUGAGAACAAUGAAUUGGCACAGCAUCUAAAGAAGAAUGGAAUCGAUCCCCUACUCUACGUCACACCAUGGUGGAUGUGCUUCUUCACCACGUUGGCCAAAUGGGAUGUUAUACUCCGCAUAUGGGACCUAGUUCUACUUGAUGGCGUACCAUCACUGUUCCGCAUAUCUCUGGCCAUAUUAUGUUCAGCAGAGACACAGUUGCUGAGUAGGAAGGGUGCCGAGGGUCUACUUCCCUUCCUCCUACAUCCACCCCUCGAUGAGAUUGGAGGCAUCGAGACGAUCCUUUCCAAGGCCAUCGCAUACCCAAUCGCUGAUCUAAUGGUCAAUGGUGAGAAGAAACUGGCAGAGGAGACAUCAAGAAACAAUGCAAUAAUGUCGGCCAAGAAGAAGAGACCAUUGGCAAACUCGAGCUCUGGUACCAACUCUUCAUCAUCUGCUACCAGCUCACCAUCAUUGACAUCAUCGAGUAGUGAGUCUUUGUUUGGUCGCAUACUCAAUACCUUCUCGUUCGACUUGGACACGCCAAUCAUGAGCACCGGCAACACCAACAACAAUAGCUACAGUGGCAAUGGUAAUGGUGGAGGCUACACAUUGAUCAAGAAGAAUAGCUCUGAUGAUGGUGAUGUUGAGAUGAAGGGCAUCUCCUCACCCAGAGGCCCCAAGCAGCCUACGCCAGCCAACCACCAACAGAUUGUCCAGACAGAUGAUUCAGCCAAGUCACUCACCAACAGGGUCAAGGAGUUCUCAAUGCGACUCAAGGACAGGUUCAUCAAUAGAGGCUACCAACCUUGUCGCGUCAUUCAUGAGCAGCCCAGGUCGGUGCAUGGCAGGAAGUCCACUGCACGUCCAUCCACAGCCAGGAAGUCGGUUGCCAACCGUGGCGCACCCAUCACCCCAAGGAAGUCCAUUGUCAAUGGUACCGCCGGCCAUCUCGGCAGACCUUCCACCAUGUCCACCAACAAUAUCAACAAUCCAAGAAGAUCCGUCGCACAUAAGAGGUCGAUGGCUCCAAGGCAACACGUUGAUCAUAACAUGGAUGGUUCAACAUCGACUACAACAACAACCACAUCGACUUCAAUAACUUGGUCCAACAACUCUGAUUCAUUGUUUGAUAACAUGCCACCUCCUCAACAUCAACAACAACAAGAGUUGGUUGGAGUUCCAUCGACCCCUCGCCAACAGAAGUCAUUCACACAGUCCAAGCCACCACUAUAUCAGGGCGCCAACAGAACUACCACGGUUACAGUUGGAAGGAAGUCAAUCCGACCAAUGGGCGGAGCCCCUUCUAUGGCCAAGUCCAAGAUAAUCCAUACACAGCAGCAACAAACUCAACAUCUACACACUCAAUCACAAUCACUAUCACCAUUACCUUCACCAUCAAAGUCAACAACAACAACAACACCAAUCACAUCAUCAUCCAAUGUUACUACUACUACUACACCUAUAUCCUCGGCAAAAGCCCCAUCUCCACUCAAGUCAACAUCCACCUCCACCUCAACAACAACCUCUAGACUAUCAACCAGCACACCUUACUCGCCACACUCAAUCAAGAUUGGACCACCACCACCACCAUCCACGCCAAUCCUCAAGGCACUUGCUCCAUGUACAAACAACAACAGUAGCAACAAUCUAUUGAAUAUCCUCAACAACAGUAAUACACCAGUAAGCAGUGGCUGUGGCACAAUCAACUCCAAUGCCACCGAUGAUAUAGUAGUGCCAGUCUCACCAUUCAAGAGACUGCGAACAAAUGACAUGCCCACCACCAGCACCAGCCAUCACAUGGACUUGGAGAAUGCGACUGUUUGGCAGUCGGCCGCCACAUCCGUGUCGAUCAGUCCAAUGACAACACCAACCAAGUCAAUGUCCAUUGACAGGAAGCCACUGACUCCCACCUCUGCAACGAAUAAGCCACUCUCUGGCAAUAAGAAGAUGUUUCCAGUGUCUCCACUCAAGUCGCCAGCCUCGCCCUCUAUCAUGAUGGCCAAACCAAUGAUCAACAAGAAGACAAGACCACAGGCAAGUUUCUGGUUCACUCCAAUGGGCAUCUAA